AUGGCUCCUCGAAACACCAACAACCACACAGACAAAAGAGCUUUGCCCAACCAGUCAACCUCCAAGAAGGAACCAGCCAGACCCUGUACUUCGUUUGUCACUCUCAAACUUCCUUCGGACCUUUUACUGCGAUAUCCACCAUAUGAUUCGAGCUCUGUAUAUGAUAAGGACACCGGCACGAUGAAUCUUCGUUCACGGAACAAACAAAAUAAGAGUCUCGCCGACUCACAACGAAGCCAAGAUCGUCCAAGCGCCGGAGCUGAUGACGGAAGUCCUGCCAAUCAAGACCCCGCAAGUGAGUCCGCCAUGUCCGCCUCCAGCGCCUCUGCUUUCACGCGGCUGAUCCCUGCAGGCAGCCAAAUAGGCUCUGACGCUGUGGACGGCACUCCAAACAGUCAUGGCUCUCAACCAAUAAUCCUUAAGUUCAGACGAGCCCCAAGUCAACGCUCAACACCUUCUCAUCCAACUCCUCUGCAAACUCGCGCCAUAAGUAGGAAGAAGCAAGUCACCUUUGCGCCGUCUGAUCAGGAGAAUGAAACCCCGCCCAAUUCCGACUCCAGUUUCAAUACUGCAAUAACCGAAACGCGCAACUCCCUCGACGACCUCGCAGACAUGUCGGGUUCUCCACCACCUCCCAGACCUGAACGUCCCACCUUGAAGAUCAGCUUCAGUAAGCCUGCCAUUCCUCAGACGGAUAAUACGUCGGCAGUUCAGACACCCGCUCCUCAAAGUGCCAUUCGCACUCCCUCCAUCAAGUUGAAAUUCGGAGGCGGAACUCCUCUUGGUCCUCCUACCCCGGCCUCGGCCACUUCUGUAAAGCGCAAGAGCAAAGCGCAGAAUGACGAUCAGUCUGGCUCCGUUAAAAAGAAGCAGAAACGUCAGUCGGUCGUUCAGGGAUCCGAAGAUGAGCUUUCCGGGCCUGCAUCUGCGCCUGCCCGGCCUAAAAUCACUUUCAAAAAUUCACAUGCGCAGUCCUCCAAGACCGCCCAAACUCCUGCACCCAUCAUCAAGUUGAAGCAAAAGGGAAAGGUUCCCAAGAGACCAGUGGGUGUAGGCUACGAUUCCGAACUCGACGAGAGAGAGAAUGACCCGGUCAUUCUGGAAGGCUUCAUCUUGCGCAUGGAGCCUGGGCCUGACUGUGAUUAUCUACGCAAGGCCGUUGAAGAGGGCACCUUGGGACUUCUGAGAACUGAAAAAGGCCCUGCUAUCAGCAUCAAGAUGCUGGAUCAUUUGGGUCGAAGGGGAAUCCUCAAGAUCAAAGACAAUUCCUACGCCACAAGCCUGGUUGAUCUACCCUGCAUUAUCGAAGGCAUGAAGUCAUGGGACAAAAAGAGCUGGAUCAAAAGCAUUGAUGUUUCACAGAUGUUGCUCGUGCUGGGAAAAUGCAGCAACGAGGAGGAAGCUAAAAAUUACCCCCUCCCGCCCGAUGUGGACGAGAAGACAUAUCAAUACGCCCAUGGAAUUACAGCGCCCAUGAAAUGGGUUCGUAAGAGGCGCUUCAACCGGACCAAACGCGCACGAGUGGACGAUAUCGAAGCCGUCGAACGAAGAGUGGCUCAGCUAUUGGAACAGGACAAGGCGGCUACCACAGUCAAUUAUCAGGUCCUCGACCAUGAUCCACGCGGAGCCGUCGAUGAAAACGAGUCGGCCGAGUCGGACUACGACGAAGACGCCGAAGGCGAAGACGAUGAUAUGUCAGGCUAUUUCGACAACCGCAACGGCCAACAAGGCGACUAUGUCGAAACACCCAUGGAACUCGACGCCCCUGCAGAGGAAGAGGAAGAAAUUGGCGAGGACGAGCUCGCAGAUCUCGAGGGCAUGUUCGACGAGCCUGUUGCUCCGACCGAACCCAGCGUUGAGCCUCUUCCUCUCGGACGUCUCGCCGCUGAAGGUGGCGACUCAUCACUGGCCGUUACCAGUAAUUCGGCCUCGCCCAUGGUUACGGCAGCUCCCACUCCCGCCUCGGCACACGAGCAUUCAUCAGACGAGGACGAGGACGAUGAAGACGAGGGUGAUGACGACGACAUUGAUGAUGCACAGAAGGAAGAAGACGAGGAAGUUCGAAAUGCCAGAGAACGAGUGGCCGAUUUCGCGGCCAAGAUCAAAGAACAGGAGAAUAACCUGGCUGCUUACGAUUCUAUUGUGUUGCGACGCAAGAUCCAACGCACCAUUGAAGGUCUCAAGGGCGACAUGGUCACGUGGAAGAAGCGAGCCGGGAUUCCUCUUGACGACGAUGAAGAAUAGAGAUCAAAAGGACCAUGCGUCGUAAUAGAACAAAAGAAGGGGGAUUGAUCAGCGAGAAUGCUUGUAGGAAGUAUAAAAUGGUUGUAACACUAUCGACUUUGAUAUCGAUAUAGAUUUAAGCCCGACAUAGAGAAUCAAUCAUUAUCGUG